AGCUAGGCCACUCACGAGGUUCAUCCUUUCUCAGCCAGCACCGUCGCAGCGGUUGAGUGCGUGGCUUGGAUGGACUGGUGAAAAUCUGUCAGAAAUCCACAAGAGUCAGCCCAGUUUGGAGUUUCCACUAGAACGGCACCGACAUGCCGGCGUAUUUUCAGCGGCCAGAGAACGCUCUGAAACGAGCGAACGAGUUUCUUGAGGUUGGCAAGAAACAGCCAGCGUUGGAUGUUUUGUACGAUGUCAUCAAGAGCAAAAAACAUCGAACAUGGCAGAAGAUCCACGAGCCCAUCAUGCUCAAGUACCUGGAGCUCUGCGUGGAUCUGCGCAAGAGCCACCUGGCCAAGGAGGGUCUGUACCAGUACAAGAACAUCUGCCAGCAGGUGAAUAUCAAAUCUCUGGAGGAUGUGGUUAGAGCUUACCUGAAGCUGGCGGAGGAGAAGACGGAGACCGCCAAGGAGGAGUCCCAGCAGAUGGUCCUGGACAUCGAGGAUCUGGACAACAUCCAGACCCCAGAAAGUGUGCUCCUGAGCGCUGUGAGCGGAGAGGACACUCAGGAUCGUACCGACCGCCUGCUGCUCACUCCCUGGGUCAAGUUCCUGUGGGAGUCCUACCGCCAGUGCCUGGACCUGCUCCGAAACAACUCCAAGGUGGAGCGUCUGUACCAUGACAUUGCCCAGCAAGCAUUCAAGUUCUGCCUUCAGUACACCCGCAAAGCUGAGUUUCGCAAGCUCUGUGACAACCUGCGUAUGCACCUGGGGCAGAUCCAGCGCCACCACAACCAGAGCACCGCCAUCAACCUGAACAACCCUGAGAGCCAGUCCAUGCACCUGGAGACGCGUCUGGUGCAGCUGGACAGCGCUAUUAGCAUGGAGCUCUGGCAGGAAGCGUUCAAGGCUGUUGAGGACAUCCACGGUCUGUUUGCUCUUUCCAAGAAGCCUCCCAAACCCCAGCUGAUGGCCAACUACUACAACAAGGUGUCUACUGUGUUCUGGAAAUCUGGAAACGCUCUCUUCCACGCCUGCACCCUUCACCGCCUCUACCACCUGUCCAGGGAGAUGCGCAAGAACCUGACCCAAGACGAGAUGCAGAGGAUGUCCACCAGAGUCCUCCUGGCCACCCUCUCCAUCCCCAUCACCCCCGAGCGCACGGAUAUCGCCCGGCUGCUGGACAUGGACGGCAUCAUUGUGGAGAAGCACCGCAGGCUGGCCACUCUCCUGGGCCUGCAGUCCCCACCGACCCGCCAGAGUCUCAUCAAUGACAUGGUGAGAUUUAAUCUGCUGCAGUAUGUCGUACCUGAAGUGAAAGAUCUUUACAACUGGCUAGAGGUCGACUUUCAUCCUCUGAAACUGAGCGGAAGAGUCACCAAGGUGUUGAACUGGGUCAGAGACCAGGCUGAGAAGGAGGCUGAUCUGCAGCAGUAUGUUCCUCACCUGCAGAGCAACACCAUCCUGAGGCUCCUGCAGCAGGUCGCACAGAUCUACCAGAGCAUCGAGUUCAGCCGUCUGGCCUCCCUGGUUCCAUUUGUUGACGCCUUCCAGCUGGAGCGCUCUAUCGUGGACGCCGCCCGCCACUGUGACCUCCAGGUCCGGAUAGACCACACCUCUCGGACUCUGAGCUUUGGCUCUGACCUGAACUACUCAACCAAAGAAGAUGCUCCUGUCGGUCCGUUCCUCCAGAACAUGCCGUCAGAGCAGAUCAGGAACCAGCUGACUGCCAUGUCUGCUUCUUUGGCCAAAGCCAUCCAGGUCAUCAAGCCUGCCUCCAUCCUGCAAGAGCGUGAGGAGCAGAACCAGCAGGCCAUCGCCGCCUACCUGAAAAACGCCCGCAAGGAUCACCAGCGCAUCCUGGCUCGCAGGCAGACCAUCGAGGAGCGUAAGGAGCGCCUGGAGAGCCUGAACAUCCAGCGUGAGAAGGAGGAGCUGGAGCAGCGGGAGGCUGAGAUGCAGAAGGUCCGCAAGGCCGAGGAGGAGCGUCUGCGGCAGGAGGCCAAGGAGAGGGAGAAGGAGCGCAUCAUGCAGGAGCACGAGCAGAUCAAGAAGAAGACGGUCCGCGAACGGCUGGAGCAGAUCAAGAAGACUGAACUCGGAGCCAAGGCCUUUAAGGAUAUUGAUAUUGAGGACCUGGAGGAGCUGGAUCCUGACUUCAUCAUGGCCAAACAGGUGGAGCAGCUGGAGAAGGAGAAGAAGGAGCUCCAGGAGCGUCUGAAGAACCAGGAGAAGAAGAUCGACUACUUUGAGAGAGCCAAACGCCUCGAGGAGAUUCCUCUCAUCAAGAAGGCUUACGAGGAGCAGCGCAUCAAGGACAUGGAACUGUGGGAGCUCCAGGAGGAGGAGAGGAUCAGCAACAUGAAAGUUGAGCGGGAGAAGGCUCUGGAGCACAAGAAGCGCAUGUCCAGGAUGAUGGAGGACAAAGAAAACUUCUUGUCAAAGAUAACCGCUGCUCGUAGCUUCAUCUACGAGGAAAAACUGAAAGCUUUCCAGGAGCGUUUGGUGGAGGAGAGGAAGAAGCGCCUGGAGGACAGGAAGAGGCAGCGCAAAGAGGACAGGCGUAACGCUUACUACCGCCAGAAGGAGGAGGAGGCACAGCGCAUCCACGAGGAGCAGCUUAAGAAAGAGCGCGAGGAGCGUGAACGCCUGGAGCAAGAGCAGCGAGAGGAGGAGGAGAGGGAGUACCAGGAGCGUCUGCGCAAGCUGGAGGAGCAGGAACGGAAGCAGCGCGCUCGUCAGCAGGAGAUCGAGGAGCGGGAGCGCCGUCGUGAGGAGGAGAGAAGGGGCCAGCCAGAAGAGAAAACCAAGGAGUGGGGCGAUAAGGAGGAGGGAGGAUGGAGGCGGCGCACUGAGGGAGGAGGUGAAUCAGAGUGGCGUCGUCCUCCACCUGACAGGGAGUGGAGACAGGAGACGCAGGACAAUGACAGGGAGGAGAGGGAGGUGCCCUUCAGGCGAGGAGACUCCCGCAGAGAAGACAGAGGUCCCCGUCGUGGCUUUGACGACGAUCGCGGUCCGCGUCGUGGCGGCGAUGAUGACCGUCCUCUGCGCAGAGGGAUGGACGAUGACCGUCCUCCUCGCAGAGCCUUCGAUGAUGACCGCGGCCCGAGGAGGGGCGGAGAUGACGAUCGCGGCCCGAGGCGUGGUUUCGACGACGACCGCGGUCCCAGACGCGGCUUUGACGACGAUAGAGGUCCUCGCAGGGGCAUGGACGACUCCAGGGGUCCCAGACGUGGGGUCGACGACGACUGGGGUCCCAGGAGAGGAGGCGAUGAUGACAGAGGUGGAAGAAGAGGCAUGGAUGAUGGACCGCGGCGUGGAGGUGAUGAUGCCAAACCCUGGAAACCCCUGGGCAGACCUGGUGGUUGGCGUGAGCGGGAGAAGGCCCGAGAGGAGAGCUGGGGACCCCCCCGCGGUGGCGACCAUGACGAUGGUGAUGAGGGCGAAGGAGAUGAAAGACCCAGCGACCGCUUCAGAGACCGGCGUCCGCACAGAGAGGAGGGCGCCUGGAGGAGAGGCGGCGGAGGCACAGAUGAGGGGAGUGGCUGGAGAGAUGCUCGCAGGGACGACACCGACCGCGACGAUCGCCGUGACCGAGAUGAUCGCCGUGAUGAUCGCCGUGACGAUCGCCGUGGUGACCGCCGUGAUCGGGACAGAGACAGAGACGACCGUGACCACAGAGGUCCAACCAGAGAUCCUGACGAGGGUGGCUCUUGGCGUCGUGGAGGCGAUGAUAAGCGGGAGGAGCGGGACAGAGACCGGCCGCGAGACAGAGAACGCGACCGGGACCGCGACGCCGACGGAGAAAAGGGUUGGCGCACUGAGAAGGAAAUGCCUCGUCGCACCAAGAACGAGACGGAUGAUGACGGCUGGACCACCGUCCGCCGCUGAGCAGCAGCCUCUGCAUCUAAUUAGUGAUAAAUUGGUUUUGGAAAAAUUUAAAAUAUUCAUUAUCCAGUGGUGAAUUAACAGCUACAAACGUCUGAUCCUCAUGUGCGUUAAUUCCUUUUGAAUUAAAGAAAUAUUUGUAGAUGGUAGUUUUCCUGGGAGUUGUUUCCAUUUACUUUCAGCAGUUAAAAAACAAAAACAGAGGCUCUCCUCCACCUGAAACACCAUCAUUCAAUGAACUUGUGAGCACUUAGGCCUCACUCAAACCCAUUAAUCUAAACAUGACUGCCCCCUAGUGGUUAGGAGUGUUCUCACCUACAAUAAUUCAACUGAAAAACCAGUGAACCUGCUCCAACUUUCAAUGCAAACUUGAGUCUAUCACCAACUGCCUCUUUUGAAUAAUUAACCUUUUCAGAAAUAUUAUAUAAUACUUCUAAUGGUCAUUUGCUUCAGUGCUGCUCCACCUAAUGUUUCAGAUGCUUCUCAUAAAAGAAUUAGAAGAAUUUCCAUUUUGUUGUGUAUGCUUAGAGUAUUCAACUGGUCCUAUGUGCUUCUAUCUUGCUGCGGUCUGUGUUAUUAAACCAGGUUGCAUGUGUACAGAUAAAGCCUUUAUUAAUAAAGAUGUUUGUUCACCACC